AUUUUCAGGUUUUGAUCAAUUAUGAAUGUAAUAUUGGUGUUGAGUUUACUGUUUACUGCAGCGAGUGCGGUUUCGCCGAGAAUCAGCAAUGGUGAAGAUGCGUCUGCUCGUCACUUCCCAUCCGCUGUGGGUAUACUGAUUGAUGGAACUUCGGACCAUUCGUUUUGUGGUGGCGUCCUGAUUUCUGCGAGAUUCAUUUUGACCGCUGCAAAAUGUGUUACUGGAUCCAACACUCUAACUGUAGUGGCUGGAGCCAGCGACAUGACCCAGAUCGUUGAAAUCAUUCCAGUCCUGAACAUUCCGUCGCACGUCAUAAUCCAUCCGAACUACAGUUCGUUCUUCAAUCGUGAUGACAUUGCGAUCGUGCAGGUGUCCCGGCCAGCAGCUUUGGGAGACUACGUAAAUGUGGCGCAGUUACCGAGACUGUACCACGCGACGUUCACCUUCACUGGGUGGAACUCGACAAUCGUCGGCUGGGGCAAUACGGGGAGCAGGGAUAAUGAACCACUGCCUUUGCAACACCUCCAGUUUGCUCAUGGAGAGGUGAUUUCCAACUUUGUUUGUGGCCUGUCACAUAGCUUCGUACGGGAUGGGCACUUCUGUACCGCUACCGACGAUGGCGGACCAUGUGAUGGCGACGAAGGAGGUCCAGUGUAUGCAGAUGUUGAUGGAGAAAAGAUGGUAAUCGGAAUACAUUCGUUCCACUACAGUGGGAUACGUGGAUGCGACCGUGGAAGAUCGGCAGUGAAUACGCGAAUCACAGAAUAUCUGGACUGGAUCGGAGAGAAUACUGAUGUGGAAAUCUUGAACUGAAAAA